AUGGCGUCCUUCGCCGCCGGCGCGGGGCAAUUUCUCAGCCUCCAUCAAACUCGCACCCGUCCAAAACUACACUGUACUCCAUCCUCUGCCUCUAUUACAACCAACACUAUCAGAUGCCAACAAAUUUCGUCUCAAAACCCUAACAAACCCUUAAAAACCCGGCCCUCAAAACCCCCCGUGCUUUCUGUUAAGAAUCUAGCCAUCUCCGCCGCGGCUGGUGUUUUAUUUCAUGUAGCGUUCAAGAGUUCUUCCCUCUUCGGUUUCGGCGGUGGAGGAGGUGGCGGUGGAGCCAGUGGAGGCGGUGGAGGUGGAGGUGGUGGAGGUGGAGGUGGGUUUUGGAAGAGGCUGCUGUCUCCUGUUGCUAAUGCAGAUGAAAAUCAAUCUCCAGAAUGGGAUGUUCAUGGUUUACCAUCUGAUAUCAUUGUUCCAUUGAACAAACUCAGUGGAUUUAAAAAGUACAAGUUAUCUGCGAUCGAGUUUCUUGACAGAGUUAAAUCUGCCGUUGUAGGUUCAGAGGAUUCGUUUUUUGAAAUGGUUUCUCUUAGGGCUGGUGGCGUUUACACCAAAGCUCAGCUUCAGAAGGAGCUUGAAACCCUAGCUACUUGUGGUAUGUUUGAAAAAGUGGAUUUAGAAGCGAAGACCAACCCCGAUGGAACCGUUGGUUUAACCGUAUCAUUUACGGAAUCCACUUGGGAAGAGGCUGAGUACUUCAAGUGUAUCAAUGUGGGGUUAAUGGCGCAAUCAAAAGCUGUUGAAGCAGAAGAGAACAUGACUGAGAAAGAGAAGGUCGAUUAUAUGCGGAACCAGGAAAGAGAUUAUCGGCGAAGAAUGGAGAGGGCAAGGCCAUGUAUGUUGCCAUCUACAGUCCAUAGAGAAAUCGUGAAGAUAUUGGGGCAAGGGAAUGUGAGUGCUCGGAUGUUGCAAAACAUUCGUGAUAGGGUUCAGAAAUGGUAUCACGAUGAAGGGUAUGCUUGUGCUCAGGUUGUGAAUUUUGGGAAUUUGAACACGAACGAAGUUGUUUGUGAGGUGGUUGAGGGUGAUAUUACAAGGGUUGUGAUUCAAUUCCAAGAUAAACUUGGAAAUGUAUGUGAAGGGAACACCCAAACUGGAGUAGUGAGGAGAGAACUACCUAAGCAGCUUCAAAAGGGGAAUGUUUUCAACAUUGAAGCCGGGAAACAAGCAUUGAGGAAUAUUAACUCCUUAUCUUUGUUUUCAAAUAUCGAAGUCAAUCCACGACCUGAUGAGAAGAACGAGGGAGGGAUUAUUGUUGAGAUUAAGCUUAAAGAACUUGAACAAAAAUCAGCCGAAGUCAGUACUGAAUGGAGUAUUGUUCCUGGACGUGGAGGUCGCCCUACUUUGGCUUCAAUCCAGCCUGGUGGAACUGUUUCUUUUGAACAUCGGAACAUCAAGGGGCUUAAUAGAUCAAUUCUUGGCUCUGUUACCACAAGUAACUUUCUUAAUCCUCAGGAUGAUCUUGCUUUCAAGCUGGAGUAUGUGCAUCCUUACUUAGAUGGUGUAACAAAUUCCCGAAACCGUACUUUGCGUACAAGCUGCUUCAACAGCAGAAAGCUGAGUCCAGUGUUCACAGGUGGGCCAGGAGUAGAUGAGGUUCCUCCUAUAUGGGUUGACCGAACUGGUGUUAAAACCAAUAUCACUGAGAAUUUCACUCGUCAAAGCAAGUUUACAUAUGGGAUUGUAAUGGAAGAGAUAACAACACGCGAUGAAAGCAGUCAUAUUUCUUCAAAUGGGCAGAGGGUAUUGCCGAGUGGUGGCAUUAGUGCAGAUGGGCCUCCAACAACACUGAGUGGAACGGGUAUUGACCGAAUGGUAUUUGCACAAGCAAAUAUCACAAGGGACAACACCAAGUUUGUAAAUGGAGCAAUUGUUGGGGAGAGGAAUGUAUUUCAGGUUGAUCAAGGGCUGGGAAUUGGAACUAAGUUCCCGAUUUUUAAUAGACAUCAGCUGACAAUGACAAGAUUCAUCCAAUUGAUGAAAGUGGAAGAAGGUGCUGGAAAAUCCCCACCACCUGUGCUUGUUCUUCAUGGUCAUUAUGGGGGAUGUGUAGGAGACCUUCCAAGUUAUGAUGCCUUCACUCUUGGAGGACCUUACUCUGUUAGAGGUUACAACAUGGGAGAGAUUGCUGCUGCUAGAAAUAUCCUUGAGGUUGCUGCUGAGCUACGCAUACCAGUGAGGAACACACAUGUAUACUUAUUUGCAGAGCAUGGGAAUGAUUUGGGGAGUUCAAAGGAUGUGAAGGGAAACCCAACAGAGGUGUACAGGAGAAUGGGUCAGGGAUCCUCAUAUGGUGUUGGAGCCAAGCUUGGUUUGGUACGUGCAGAGUAUGCUGUUGACCACAAUUCGGGGACUGGUGCCUUGUUUUUCAGCUUUAUGGCAGAGGAAGUGAGAAUUACAGGCUACGAUGUCGAUGUCGAUGUCGGUGGCGGCGCCGAGCAUGACGGUCGAGUUCUGGAGUGGGAGGCAGGAUUGCCGAACAUAGAUGAUCUGAUGCCAUUAUCACAGUCGAUGACCUCUGUUGAUUUCUUGUCGGCGUUCAGCAUCUCGCCGGAGCCUUACCGGAGUAUGUUUGACGUCAAUCGUGCAACUCAGAACACGAUUUCAAAUCUCCGGGGGGAGUUGGAACAGCAGUCGUUGAACAAAUUGAAUAGUUUGAAGUCGUUUGGUGAUGAUAAAGGAGAUGAGAUGGUUGUGGAAGGCGACGAAACCACCGACCUAACCCGCGGUGCUUCGGAUUUGCAGAAAUUACAGAGAGUCGAUGAUGGCGGUGGAGCUGGAGAGGAAAUCGCCUCCGCGUUGCUAGCGGAUGAUGAUUCUUCGGCUAGGGCAUCGAAGCGACCUCGUUUGGCCUGGACGCCUCAAUUACAUAAGCGAUUCGUUGAUGUUGUAGCGCAUUUGGGCGUGAAGAACGCCGUCCCCAAAACUAUUAUGCAGUGGAUGAAUGUUGAAGGAUUGACGCGUGAGAACGUCGCGAGUCAUCUUCAGAAGUACAGGCUAUAUCUGAAGAGGAUGCAUAUCCAAGGUCCUUCGUCUUCGGAUCACCUUUUCGCUUCAACUCCGGUUCCUCAGAACUUACACGAAUCCGGCGCCGGUGGUACUGGUAAUGGGCAUCAUCAUGCUCCAGGGGCUAUUCCGAUGCAUUACCACUCACAGAUGGUUUCCAUGCCUUAUCCAUCACCGCAGAUGGAUCCUAAUUUUGCAGGUGGUGAUGGUGGAGGUGCUUACCACCAUGGGUUUGAGUCCCAUUCGUAUCCAUAUAACAUGACAUCGCAGCAGAGAGACUGGUCAGCCUAUCAGCAUCGUAUGACUUCUAACGAUAAAUAG